AUGUUCGGCGCGGCGCGGAGUGCAUUGCAGCUCUCACGCCUGCGUAUAUGUUCUACGCUUCUCCCAAUAGCCGCUGCUCAACGACCACGCAAUGUUUCUACAGUCUCCUUCGAGCCAACCAUCCGUCAAUUCCUCGUGAAGCUCUCAGAACAUCAGCCAUGCUUCGCUAUGAACUCCUCUAGUGUCUCAAUAAUGCAUGAGCCGCGAAUAUUUUACCAAACAUUAUUAAGUAUGAUACGGAAAGCACGCCAUAGACUAUUCCUAUCCUCCCUCUACAUCGGCCAUGAGGAUGUAGAAUUAAUCGACGCGAUACACACGUCCCUGCGUGAAAGCCCUUCUCUACAUGUCUACAUUCACCUUGAUCUCAACCGCUCCACUCGCCCCGGUCCGGACUCUACGGCGAACAUCCUUCUCCCUCUCCUCAUACAACACCCUGAUAGGGUACAUGUCUACCUCUUCCGAAGCCCCAAACUCAAGGGCAUCAUGGCUCGUAUCGUGCCUCCACGAUUCAAUGAAGGCUGGGGGACUUGGCAUCCGAAGAUCUAUGGUGCGGACGACACGCUAAUAAUAUCCGGUGCCAACCUGAAUACUUCAUAUUUCUCGAAUCGCCAGGACCGAUAUCUGCAGUUCACGGAUCAGGCCCGUCUAGCGGACUAUUGCUUCUCUUUCCUGCAGGCAGCAUCUACAUUUUCGUAUAGCCUUCUUCCCUCUCCCGGUACAACAGAUAACUACGUACUCCACUGGUCAGAUGUGCACACUCAUCCACAUCACAUAGAGGCUAAGGCUCGGCAGGCUCUAGUUUGUCUGCAGAAUGUCCAUCGUGGGGCAUUGGGAAUCUCCUUGGUAAAACAGCCUGACCUUGGCCCAUCUGCGCAUCCAGACGCAGAGGACGAUGUUCUCGUCUUCCCUAUGAUCCAGGCGGGACUGUUUGGCAUCAGGGAGGAGGAGCUGUGUUUGUCGCUACUGUUCCGUGAAUUGUCCGCACAACAGCGGUACUCCAUCCCUCCCACAUCUGGUUACGAGGGACCUCUCGUGGAUUUGACGAGUGGCUACUUCGCUCUGUACAAACCUUACCAGUCCGCGGUGAUCGACUCUCGCUUAGCCUGCAGGAUCCUCGCUGCCAGUCCUCGAGCGAAUGGAUUCUACAAAUCGAGGGGUGUCUCCGGACGCAUUCAUGAAGCAUAUACCCUCUUUGAGCGGCGAUUCAUGGAUGCGGUCCGUUCCGUCGGGGCCGAAUGGUCCUCUAACUCCUCGGAUGUAGCUGCAGGAGUCCGGCUGCAGGAGUGGCAACGUGAAGGAUGGACUUACCACGCAAAAGGCAUCUGGGUGCGUCCCACCCCAACCUCAACUCCCGCGCUGACCCUGUUCGGCUCAACGAACCUCAACUCUCGUUCCGCGAACCUCGACACUGAGUUGUCGUUCGUGCUCGCCACGAGGUCCCCUGCACUUCGCCAGCGCUUUGCGGAGGAAGUGGAGGGACUGCGCGAGCACGCCCGGCCUUGGCGUGGACAGGACGAUUCUGAUGAGGCUCGAAGGGUGCGGCUGGGAACGCGGGCUUUGGUCGCCUUUGUGGGUGGCAUGUUGUAGGCAGCCCUGUGUCUUAGCUUACGAGCAAUGGUGGGAUGAAGCACAUCGGCGUUGGCCGCGGUGUAUUUUGGC